GGUGACAAUAGCCACUGAACACUCAGACAAGUCCAUGGCCGCCAUUAGAGAUGAGUGGAAGAUCCAAUUUUCUCGAUUCUUUAACAAUCCUGCUCUCUCCUCCACCUGUUCUUCCUCUACUAUUCACCCUGACCUCAUCAGAAAAACAAGAAGUUUACGCAGAGGUACCUGGAUUUCCUCUUCUUCUGCUUCCCUGCAACUUCUCACCGAUCACUCCACUUCUCAAGCCAUCCUGAUCGUCCGUUCCGGAGGAAGGAUCCAUGAAGAGCACUUCAUUUCCAAGCUGCUUUUCUCUUGGCCUCAGGUAUCGUGUGUCUCUGGAUUUCCUGCCAGGGGUAGCAGAGUUGUAUUCGUGAGCUAUAAAGAUUGUGUUAGCCAGGUUCAGAAGUUUGCCUUGCGGUUUUCAACAAUUUACGAAACUGAAAGAUUCAUAAAUGCUUUAAAGGAUAUCUUGAAGGAUGUGGAGGACGUUGAGCUUCUCAGUAGUGGCUUUGUAACUGAAGUUUCAUCACAAUCUGAGUUUGUUUCUUCUAAUAUACCUCCCUAUAGAAUUAGUGAGGAAUUGAGUGUUCCUGUUCACUCGCACUAUUCUUUGUUGCCCCCCAGCUCGAACCAUGAAGUUGAGCAGCACUCACGUUCUCAGGAAACUGCAGUUAAUCAUAAUUGUGAAGGCACUUUCGUGGACAUGCCACCCAGCUUCACAUCAUUAUUAACUAACUGUUGCUCUGAGACGCAAGCUGCAGCACAACCAACUACAACUGAGGAAAUGGAUCUCAAAUCCCAAAUUGCGAGAUACAUGGAAGACUCUUCAUUCCAAGAUAUGUUGUUUAAAGUAGAGAAAGUUAUCAGUGAAAUGGGAGAUGAUUUGAUGCUGUAAUCAUCUGUGGCUCCGAGUACUCGUUUAAAGCAGUUCCCGCCUUUUUUCUCUGGUUUAUUGAUUUAGCUUUUUGGAUAUAUAACCUGGUUCAUCUUCAUUGUAACCGUUAUCCUGCUCUCUCUCCAUGGAAGCCUGUUUUCAAUGGUGUUACUUGGACAGCAAACUUCUGUUUCUUCUGCUGAAAUUUUGCUUCAUUUCCCAUUA